AUGUGCAAGAAUCCCCAGUGUGCACCAGACAAGUUCAAAGACUGUCCGGUGAUCGCUGUAGCGGCGAGGCCUGGAGGACCUGAAGCUGCCGACACGGAGGAGCCACAGGGCGUCUCAGAGUUAAUCCAGCUCUUGAAGCAGCAGACGUACCUCCCUCAGAGAGACGCGAGCGGAGACCUGCUGAUGGCCGUGGAUCACUGCUUCUCCAUCCGUGGACAGGGAACCGUCAUGACCGGCACCAUCCUGCAGGGGGCGCUGGCCAUCAGCGACUCUGUGGAGAUCCCAGCUCUGAAGGGUCAAAGCUCUGAUCAAGAACAGAUGGGGAAAAGGCAGAGACGAGAAGACGCAGCUCCCACUCUGUCCUCUGGGUGGCAGCAUACAACAGGGUGUGAGCUUGUGUGUGUGAUAGACUAG